UGGUGUGAUUGUAGUUGAAAUUGGUGUAAUUGUAGUUGAAACUGAUGUGAUUGUAGUUGAAACUGGUGUGAUUGUAGUUGAAACUGGUGUGGUUGUAGUUGAAACUGGUGUGAUUAUAGUUGAAACUGGUAUGAAUGUAGUUGAAACUGGUAUAAUUGUAGUUGAAAUUGGUGUGAUUGUAGUUGAAACUGGGAUGAUUGAAGUUGAAACUUGUGUGAAUGUAGUUAAAACUGGGAUGAUUGUAGUUGAAACUGGUAUGAUUGUAGUUGAAACUUGUAUGGUUGUAGUUGAAACUGGUAUGAUUGUAGUUGAAACUGGAAUGAUUGUAGUUGAAACUGGAAUGAUUGUAUUUGAAACUGAUGUGAUUGUAGUUGAAACUGGUAUGAUUGUAGUUGAAACUUGUGUGAUUGUAGUUGAAACUGGUACGAUUGUAGUUGAAACUUGUAUGGUUGUAGUUGAAACUGGUAUGAUUGUAGUUGAAACUGAUGUAAUUGUAGUUGAAACUGGUAUGAUUGUAGUUGAAACUGAUGUGAUUGUAGUUGAAACCGGUAUGAUUAUAGUUGAAACUGGUGUGGUUGUAGUUGAAACUGGUAUGAUUGUAGUUGAAACUGGUGUGAUUGUAGUUGAAACUGGUGUGAUUGUAGUUGAAACAGGUAUGACUGUAAUUAAGAUAUCCAUGAUAGGAAUUGAAACAGGUAUUAUUGGAAAUAAAAUAGGUGACUAUUGUUAAUUAAAUCAUUAAAUUAAUAGUUUAAAAAGAAAAGUUAUCUGUGGCUGAAAGAAGGAAA